GAUAUGAUAGCUUCCGCUACGACAGCAGCCAUGACUGGCAUGUCAGGUAUGUCGGUAAUGACACAGACUGCGACAGGUAGUGCCGCUAUGGCAUCCAGCACAGGGAUGUCAAUGGGCGGAGGCGGCAUGAGUAUGGGUGGAGGUUGCAAGAUUAGCAUGUUAUGGAAUUGGUACACUGUCGACUCUUGCUUCAUCGCCCGCUCAUGGCACAUCACCUCGAAAAGCAUGUUCGCCGGAUCUUGCAUCGGUGUGAUCUUGCUCGUAAUCUCCCUCGAAGCCCUCCGCCGCGCCGGUAAAGAAUACGACCGCUACAUCGUCAAUCAGUACUUGUCUUCGCACGUCCCGACGACCGCAGUUGCUUCUUCCGCUUCUUCCGACAACAGUAAGACUCCUGCGACCACUGCAGCCCAUACCCCAACUGCGCAGAACUUCCGUCCAAGCGUCUUUCAGCAAGCAGUCCGCGCUCUCCUCCACGUGCUGCAAUUCGCGGUCGCCUAUUUCGUCAUGUUGCUCGCUAUGUACUACAACGGAUAUAUCAUCAUCUGCAUAUUCAUCGGCGCGUAUCUGGGAUACUUCAUCUGUGGAUGGGAGAGCUUUAACGUGGGUAAGGGCGGUCAGGAUCGUAUGCAGGAGAAUGUCACGGUCUGCUGUGGCUAGGUGGUCACAGUGACGAAUUUGGGCACGAGUGAGUGCGGGCAGUAUGGACGACGUAAUGUUCGAGCACGGGAAGAUACAUGACGAAGUGUUGGCGUCCCGAGAUUGAGAGAGAUGUUUGAGCACCCUCGAUCCCCAACAUAAGGUAGUCCGGUAAUUAUAUCAGAAGGUCUUGGUGACGAAGCAAAGGUUCGGUUUCCAACAGCUUUGCACAAGUGUAUUGUUUGUUUCUAAUGGACUCAAUUCGUGACUUCGACUCGGUGGUCGUUUAGUAUCUCCAGCUAAAGACAAGUCCG